AUGUGCAAAGUUUCAUUUUCCAACAACUUGAAAAUGAAAUUAACCCAAGUAUCACCUUUCCUUUCAUUGUUUCUCUUUUCCUUCGGUGCUCAAUCAAUCAGCUUAAACGGUCGCUGGAAUGCCUACAUUCUGUCUCCGAAUGACACGUUUCAUAGGCUGAACGAAGGCACUGUAUCGUUUGAUGCAACGGUACCUGGAGGCGUCUACACAGAUUUAGUCAAGGCUGGAAUAAUUCCAGAAAAUUUAAUCGGUCAAAAUGAUGUCAACAAUCGUUGGGUGGGAAAUCAAAUCUUCGCAUUUACCACCAGCUUCAAUGUCAGCGUGCCGUUCCAUGAAACUGCAAAUGCAAUUUUAACGUUUCAUGGACUGGACACAUUUGCUUUAAUAUUUAUCAACGAGAUACCAGUUGGGGAAGCGACAAAUAUGUUUGUGAGAUAUCGAUUCGACGUGACAAAACAUUUACAGGUUGGGGAGAAUAAUUUGAAAGUGAUAUUAGGUUCACCAAUCAGGGCAGCCAACGAACUGUAUGACGAACAGAGCCGCAAGUAUAUAGUACCGCCCCAAUGCGUCCCCAAAGAAUAUAACGGAGAAUGUCACGUAAAUCAUAUAAGAAAAAUGCAAGCCAGUUUUUCAUGGGACUGGGGCCCAGCGUUUCCUUCAAUUGGAAUUUGGAAAGACGUUGAACUGGAAGUUGUAAAAUACAUUUUGGUAACUGAUGUGACUGCGGAUCUCUACAAGAAAAAUAACACCUGGCACAUCCUAAUAACAGCGUUCGUCAAUACUGUUGAAACAAGAAACGAGACUGUUGUUUGCAAUAUAUUUGCCGACAUGGAAGUUAAUGGAGGAAUCCAUGUUAAGAACUCGAGUGAUGCGACAUUGAAAAUGAUUGAACAAAAUGCUAAUGUGUCUCUUGUUCUCAACAUUCUUGAUAGCGAUAUCGAGAGAUGGUGGCCAAAUGGUUACGGAGAUCAACGUCUUUACCCAUUAACUAUUGAAAUAACGGUUUCCAAUGAGAAAACGCGUCGGAAUUUGAAGAUAGGUUUCCGAACAGUCCAGUUACUUCAAGAGCCGUUGACAAAAGGGCUGAAUUUCUAUUUUAAGAUCAAUGACGUUCCUAUGUUUGCAAAGGGCAGUAACUGGAUUCCGUCAAGCGUAUUUCCAGAGCUUUCAGCGGAGGAAGGGACAAUCAGACAGCUGCUGAAGUCUGCGAAGGACGCGCAUAUGAAUAUGCUUAGAGUCUGGGGCGGCGGCUUUUAUGAGUCUGAUUUAUUUUACGAGAUCGCCGAUGAGUACGGAAUAAUGAUCUGGCAGGAUUUCAUGUUUGCUUGUGCCAUGUAUCCAACUACCAACGAUUUUCUGGACUCCGUGCGACAAGAAGUAGUGCAAAAUGUAAGGAGGCUACAGCACCAUCCUAGCAUUGCAAUUUGGGCUGGAAACAACGAAAAUGAAGUCGCGCUUUAUGGUAACUGGUAUGGAACCGGCACUAAAGAAAUCUACAAGCAAGACUACAUCAAACUGUACGUUCAUGUCAUUAAGACCGAAGUAGAAAGGGUAGAUCCGAGUAGGCCGUUUAUGGUCUCCAGUCCUAGCGACGGCCUGUUCACUGAAAAAAAUAAUUAUCUUGGACCGGACCCUUAUUCCAAUUUGUACGGAGAUGUACACUACUACAACUACAUCAACAACGGAUGGGACAUAAAUCAAUAUCCGAGACCUAGGUUUGCCUCGGAAUAUGGGGUAGAGUCAAUUCCGUCGAUACACACCUUGGCAAGUGCAACCAAGAAUAUAGAUGACCUCAAGGUCAACAGUUCGUUCAUGAAACAUCGUCAGCACCUCCCAGGCGGAUAUGAAUCCAUGGAGACUCUAGUGAAGAAAAAUUUUGAACUUCCUCAAUCUGAUAAUGCGACUGAUUACCUCAUCAAGUAUAUUUAUUUAACGCAAAUCAACCAGGCUGUCUCGAUUAAGAUUGAAACCGAGUUUUACAGACAGGCUCGAAGCAGUCUGAACUCCGUGGGAGAAGGAAUGACCAUGGGUGCACUGUAUUGGCAGCUCAACGACGUUUGGCAGGCCCCGUCCUGGUCAUCAAUAGAAUUCGGGGGUCGUUGGAAAAUGCUUCAUUACUAUGCCCAGGAAUUUUUUGCACCUAUAAUUGUCACAUCCCAUGUUUCACCCGCGAGUGAACUGGAGCUCUACGUGGUAUCGGAUAAACUAACUGAGAUCAAGAAUUGUAGCUUGGCAAUAAAUACUUAUAAAUGGAGCUCUGCUAUGCCAGUUCACACGCAGAUCAUUAGGGAAAUUACAAUUUCAUCAAAUGCCGCAACAAUGGUUGCAAAUUUCGGGCUUGAUCAUUAUCUUGAGCAAGCUGACUGCGGUGGGGUGACUUUGAGAAAAAGAAAGUGUAUCAUAGAGCUUGUGUUGAUGGAUAAAGAUAAGUCGGCUAUCGCGCCAAAUAACUACAUUUAUCCUGCGCCACUGAAAACAGUGUCAUUGCCGUUGGCAGAUAUUCGUGUACAUGUUCAGCAGAAAAAUGGAGAAGUGGCAAAUUCAAAUGGGUCGGAUUACACUAUUGUACUACGAUCGAACAGCAUUGCACUAUUUGUGUGGUUGGAUCUGGGUAGUGAGGUAAAUGGACGGUUUUCGGAGAAUGGUUUUCACAUAUUCCGUGGAGUGAAGAUAGUUUCUAUUCAUUCUGAGGAAACAACGACAGCUGAAAUUAUUAGGCAAUCACUCUCCGUUACGACAUUGUCAGAUAUUUAUGUUAAUCAAAAGAUAAAAACACCGCAUUUCUUGAACCAGCGAAAUGACGAACCUGAGUUGAUCGUAUACUAGGUGAAAACUACGCAUCUUUGUUAGAAUAUGACGGAAUAUUUAUUUUGCGUGAAAUGAAUGACAGAAAAAAUACCAUCAGUAUCUGUGAUUAUACGAAUCACAGUUCAAUUAGAAUUGAUUCACAAUUAAAUCCCGUACUUGUCACAGUGAAUAUAGAUUUCAAAUCCGACGAGCAAAAUUAAUAUAAUGAUGAUUGCGAUGCAGGUGAUCCACAUCCAGUACAUCUUGACUAAUUCGAUUUACACCCAUGUAAUGUUAUUCGCUUUGCACACGUUGUUUUUUGUUACACUCAAUCUAUAUCCGGUUAAAGGGAUUUCCAACUCAUUCGAUAAAUAUUGAAACAACACUAUGACAGUUAAAUAAAUUAAUUUUUAUUCAAUAUAAUAUGAUUUUCGUUUUUCGCACAGCAAAUUUUUUUUCCUUUCAUUUUGUUUUUCUUAUCAAAGUAGUAACAGUAACAGUAGUAUGAAGUUGGUUUAGUAAACAAAAAAGCAUAGCAAAAUAAAUAUUUAUAUCCUAUAUAAAAUACAUACACUAUGUUAAUAUUAGACCAUAAAAAUGACUAUACUGAUAGUACUUUAAAUACAGACUAGGUAUGUACCCGCGUUCAUCGUCGUCGUCGUUAUUAUUAUCACUUUUGCUUCCAGCACGUAAUUUUUCUCUUUGUUUUUACAACGUUUGUUCCAUUUCGUGUACACUUGUAAAAUUUUAUCGAAGUUCAGAAGCAAGAUUUACGUAAAUAUUCGAUCGACAAUAAACAAUCUUUCAAUUUGGCAAUUAGAUUUGAGAGAAGCUGUAAUAGCGAAUGCGUAACAUGUUUU